UGCUCGGAAGUAUGGUUUCCACAACUGGCGAUCAACAUAGCCCAUUGUUAUUAUUGUGCAAUCUCACACAUUUUUGACCUUUUGAGCACUUUUAUGGAAGCAAAAGAAACUAAUAUACAUUUAUAGAUAUUACGCAAAUAUAUUGCUUGGCGUACGCAAGGGACUGGUGAAAGUGAAAAUUGAAAAUUGCUAUUAGUGACAUGUCGGGGUUGAGGACAAGUUUAAUCACUUUCACUCUGGGUGCCUUGGUAGUUGUAUCCACAGUCACUAGCAUUGCACAUGCCCUGCCUUCACCUCAGUCAUCAAGCAAUGUUUCUACUGACUGUAUUAGCCUGUCUCAGGUUCAAAUAUCAACAGACUAUGUGGAGAGGCCUGGACAAGGUCCAGCAGCUUACACUGGUGACAAUGUGACAGUCACCUUUAAUGUGUCAUUCAGUGCCCUGGAUGCCAGUGUUUUUGACUUGGAGGUUGUUUCCCUGAAGAUACCGCAUUUCACUUAUUCCAAUAACUGUGCUUCUGAUAUCAAUAACAUUACAACCUGCAAUGUCACGUUUCAAAGCUAUGUUGAAGUGCUGAAUACAGAAGUACAAGUUGUAGAUGGUGUAGACUUUCUCCAGGCUAAUUCAACCACCAUUACAACUACACCAAAAGCUGUUGAUUUUUCAUGGGGAUCAAACUUUGCCGAUUAUGGGAAUUUCUCCAAUACUACUCUACAGUUUACUGUAGUACUGAGAGUAAAUGAGUCUGUGACACCAGCAACAUCGUAUAACUUCACUGCUGCAGUUAAUACAACAUGUGAUGCCUUGAAUUAUGGAAUGGUGUCGUCUUCCAAAUCUCUGUUCAUUGGGAAGGUGGAUGUCCUCAUCAAUGUGUUCUCCAAUCCACAGAAAGUGCAAGCUGGGGAUACAGCACACUUUUGGAUUUACGUUAGGCCAGCGGAGUCUGUGCUUGGAAAUUUAACUGUUAAUCAGAUUAAAGUUAACUUGGGUCAACAUACCAAUUUCCUUGCUGCAUCCCUGGCGGCUCCAACAAUGACAAAUCUCUCCAUAUCAGAGAAUGUCUUAACCACUACUGGAUUUUCCAUUGGUGUCCUGGGACAUGGUCCGAGCCUGGAUGCCAAUGUUGAUGUCAAUGUGACUGUCAAAGAUACUGUUCCUCUUGGUGGUGUUGCUUUUGGUGGCGCUGUUACAGUCUGUGCCACUUUGAGUUUCAUAGGAGCUAAAGCUGAUGGGUCCAUAAUACCAUCCUCUGGGCCGUCAGUACUGUGUGAUACAGUGCCCAGUGCUGACCUGACUCUACAGACUGGCAGUAGCACAUUGGGACUGGGAAGUACCACAAAUAUUGGCCAAGUAGUGGAAGCUACAGCUAGAGUCACAGUGCCAAAAGGAGUUUUGGAAAAUGUGAAAUUUGAGCUAGCAAUAACAUCUGACAGCGGCAGUUGCGUCCCUGUCAAAUUUGUCAAAGGCACACUGACACACCCAGCUGGCGUCACAGUAUCAGGACCCACAGAUAUUACCGAGAGUGGUUUCACGGUCACGGGACUGUCUUGCAGCAGAAAGAGGAGAAAUGCAGAGCUGUUAUCUCGUGUGAAAAGAGCUCCUGUCACUGUCACUGGACAAUUUUUUCUUGGAAAUAUAGCCAACCCUGCAUCCAGAGGGAGUAAUGCUGUCUUACUGGGCAAAAUCCACUACUGGGUUCCUACCAAUGCACCAACAGCCAACUUGGCAGUGACUGGAUCAGUGGAGAUUAAUGGAUAUUCCAUGAUGCUUGGCAGCGAUUCCACACAGAUUACCCAACCAGUACUUCUCAUUAAUAAGACAGCACAGAUGUACAAUGCCACUGCCAAUCCUGACCAUAUUCUUAUCAACGUCACAGUGAUGCAUGCGCCUUCCUCUACUGGUCCUGCUUAUAAUGUCAAACUUGUGGAAGAUGCCAGGAAAUUGAGAGUGUUCUUUUCCGCCAUGACCCCUCCAACCUCUCAGCUGACCUCUAUCCAGAAUGACCAGAUAAUGACCUGGACUAAGUCUGUACUGAAUGUUGGAGAUGUGAUGUUCAUGAGUUAUGAAGCAUAUCCUAGCAACAAUGGAGAUGACUUGGUCAAACUGGGCGACACAUACUUCCCAGCAACUCUGACCUAUGAUAGCUAUGACCCAACAAGUUACACUGGACUAACAGUAUCCCCACAGAGCAGUACAUUGACAACCAAUGCUUGUGCCACAAGACUGGUAAAUGAAAUCAAAAAUUUGCUGUAUCAGCAUGGUUUGACAGCCCUGUCAUUUUUCCUGGCCUUGUUGCUGGGGGCAGCCAUUGUGUUCUUGAUAGUUGUGGUGUAUGUUAAAGUAGCAAAGAACGGCAUUGGGAAUGAAGUUGCCCCAUCCACAGACAAUCUGCGGCAUGGCCUGAUAACAAAUGCAAACCAAGCCAUGAAGAAAGGCUAUAAGAAUAUCAAGGAUCAAAGCACUGUUGAUGAAGAAGAAAGUUUGGUUGUUAUUCACUGUAUGGGAGAUCCAUUGCAGAAGAACAGAGCUCUAGACAGCAUUGACAUUGCAUCUACCAUCACAACUGAUACAGAAAUUGAAAAACAGCGUUACAAAGCUUCACAGCAAGCUUUAACCAUGCUUAUUGAAAGUUUGAGAAAAAAUGGUGACAUCAGUCGCCAAAAGGAAGAAGCUGCCCUUAAGGAGUUUAUGAGGAAAGUCAAAGAAAUGGAAGCUAGCAUGGAGAAUCAGUACAAAGUUGCCAUGGAGGAGGUGUUUAGAAUGAUUAGUAUAAAGAAUAAGGAACAAAUAACAAUCAUUUUGAAGAAACAAAAAGAAGAAAAGGAUAAAUUGGAGAGACAGAUGAAUACUGCCUCUGAUGAGGAGAAAGCAGAAGUGUUUGAAAUACUGAGAAAAGAGCAUGAUAUUCAGCAGCAAGAUGCAGUCCAUUUACUCAAACUUGAACAGGAUGAGGAGUCGGAGAAACUAAGGAAGGAAUUUUCUAUUAAAAAGAGAGCUGCAGUUAAAGAUAUACAAAGGCAAUGUCUGUCACAGAUUGUUGAACAAGGAGAACUGAACCAACAGCAAGCUGACUGGAUAAUAAAUGAGCAUCAGAAAAACCAGGAGAAGGUUGAUAAAAUCUAUGAUGAUGAGGUAUCCAGACAGAGAGCCGCACUGGAGGAGAAGUUGACCAGACGAAGGAUGCUGGCCAGUAUGGCGGAUGGCGAGGAGGAUGAGUAUAGCGAGGUGCUGAACACGUUGGCAGAGCAGGAAUUGCAAGUGGUGCAAAAGUUGGAAAAACAAGAAAUAAUGGAUGAAGAUGAUGCAGAACGAUACAGAGAAGAAAUUGCAAGGGAGAUGCUAGCAGCCAAGAACAGAUAUGACACUGAACGUGCAAGACAGGAAGCUGAGUUAAAGAAAAGAUUGAGAGAAGCUAAGAAACAAAAGUUGGCUGAGAAGGCAAAAUUCCAACAACAAGAAUUGGAUGAAUUACAAAAGAAACAGAAAGAAGAGCAGGCACAGGACAAUGUUGAUCCUAUAGCUCUAAUAGAAAAACAAGCAAUAAUGACUUCAAAACACAGGGCUGAGAUGACAGAACUAGAAAAUCAAAUUGACUUGGAACAGACAAGAGAACUUCUGACAUUACGUGAAAAAGUCACAGAUGAAACAAAAGAACAAUUAGAAACCAACCGCCAAGCAUUUUUGGAUAAGUUGAAGAAUAACGGCUUCAUGGAGGAUGACCAAAUCAAACAGAUACUUAAACAGCACAAUUUACAAUUGAAUAAGCUUGAGCUGGCACAACAGACUGAUAGAGAGAAGCAGCAAGAAAACUUGCAGUGUCUGAUUGUAAUAUUGUGA